AUGUUUCAACCCACAUUCGCGCAGGUUGUCCAGGACCAUCGCGCUCAGAGCGACAUCAAGCUCAACUAUACGGGCUGCCGGGGAUCCUGCGAUAUCACGCUCAUCGCCGCCGGCCUCGACGUCGAUUGCUCGUACGGAACACUUCCAUUCAACGCUUCGCAGACUACCCGCGCGGAAGUCUUCGUCGGAUCCCUCAACACCAGCUGGGACCCCGUUAACAGCCCCGGCCAGAUAACGACCAACAUCACCUACAAAGACACCACCGCCUGCUCUGGCACCCUCAAAACAGUCCAAUGCACCCUCUCCGCCGCCACAAUCGCCUACCCCCUCCGCAUCACCAACGGCUCCGCACAGCUCCUUCCCGCCGACAGCACUAACAACAACAACAACAAUAACACCAUCCGCCUCCAAGAUCCCUCAGAGCUCUACGAAGGCUCUUCCCCCACCCCGGGCAUGGGAUCCACCUACGGCGGCCUCGCGCUCGCCAUCGCCCAGCAAUUUCCGCAGAGCGAAAUCGAUCUCUACUUCACGAUGCAGUGGGCCGUGGAGGGUCAGGGCACAAUGAAGACAACGUACCUGUCGGCGGCCUCGCAGGAUGCCGUGGGCAAGUGCAACAUGGCGUGGACGGACCCCACGCCCGACAUCCUGCUGUUCGCGCGGGGUCUGAUGUUCCGCUCCGCCGUCAAGGCGUCGUCGUCUUCCGACAGCAGCAGCGGCGGGGCGCAGACGUAUGAGACUUUCGAGAAGUUUGAUCGGACCGUGUACACGUCCAACUACGCGUAUCUAGUCGGUGCGUUGGCGGUCGUGGUUGCGGAUGUGUUUGUGCUGCUGCCGCUGCUGUGGGGGUGGUGGUUGCUCGGGAGAAGCGUCUCACUGAGCCCGGUGGAGAUUGCGAAGGCGUUUAGGGCGCCGAUGGUGGCUGAGGCCGAGAGUAAUGCGAGUGUUGAUGCGUUGUUGGGGCAGGUGGGGAGGAAGAAGGUGGAGUAUGGUUUUGUUCCUGUUGCGGUCGGAGAGGAUGACAGUGCCUGGAUGUUGGAGAAUGGUGGGCGGGCAGUAGGGAAGGAAGAAGACGAGAAAGAGGGCGUAGAGAUGGUGGGUAUGUCUGGUGGAAGUGCUGGGGUGCUUUGCUUUUCGAAAGUGUUGUAG